UACUGCAGUGUCGCAACGCACUGUCACUUGGUAAACACAGAGAACCAACCAACAUGUCAAGCUUGGGAGAUAUCGGCAGGAAACUCCUGGAAAUCAAAGCCAGACAAAAGCGUUCAGAUUUGUAAUUUAGCUCAGAGACGAUUGCCCUUUACCUCACCUUUUGAAAAUGGCCAGUUCGGAAUGUGAGAUUUCCAAAGCUCCUCGGAAACUUAAAAGAUAUGGCUCCAUCUAUGAACCUCUCAAGCUCUCCAUUCUCCACCGGGAGGAUGAGCCACUAUGGGAGAGACUUGACCGUUACUACAAUGCAGUGAAGACCACCAUUCUGAACUACCAGAGCCCUACCACUGGCCUCUUCCCUACCAAGACAUGCUCCAGCUGCAAGGAAGCCAAGGUGCGGGACUCCCUGUAUUGUGCAGCCAGUUCCUGGGCCCUGGCUUUAGCUUACAGACGCAUCGAUGAUGACAUGGGACGCACCCAUGAGUUGGAGCACUCAGCCAUCAAGUGCAUGAGGGGCAUCCUCUACUGUUACAUGCGCCAGUCUGACAAGGUGGAGGAAUUCAAACAGGACCCCAGCCCCUCCAAGUGCCUGCACUCAAUAUUCAAUGUCGACACAGGAGAUGAGAUUCUGUCCUACGAUGACUACCAUCACCUACAGAUUGAUGCCUUGUCCCUCUUCCUGCUCUAUUUGGUGGAGAUGGUCUGCUCCGGCCUCCAGAUCAUCUACAACACGGAUGAGGUAUCUUUCAUCCAGAACCUGGUGUUCUGUGUAGAGAGGGCGUACAGAGUGCCUGACUUUGGAAUGUGGGAGAGAGGGAGCAAGUACAACAAUGGAAGCACUGAGCUGCACUCCAGUUCUGUGGGGCUGGCUAAAGCUGCUCUCGAGGCUAUCAAUGGAUUCAACCUGUUUGGGAAUCAGGGUUGCUCUUGGUCUGUCAUCUUCGUGGACCUGGAUGCCCACAACAGGAACAGACAGACACUGUCCUCCCUCCUACCCAGAGAAUCCAGGUCCCACAAUACGGACGCUGCCCUCCUGCCCUGCAUCAGUUACCCUGCGUUCGCUGUGGAUGACGACGCCCUCUACAGUCAGACCCUGGACAAGGUGGUGCGCAAACUAAAGGGGAAGUACGGCUUCAAGCGCUUCCUGCGUGACGGCUACAGGACCGCCAAUGAAGACGAGAAUAGGAGACACUACAAAUCGGCUGAGAUGAAGCUUUUUGAUGGAAUUGAAUGCGAGUUUCCCAUAUUUUUCAUCUUCAUGAUGAUUGAUGGGGUCUUCAGGGGGAACAACGCCCAAGUCAAAGAAUACCAAGAUCUGUUAACGCCUAUAAUUUUUCAAUCUUUUGAGGGCCAUGCUGUCAUCCCGAAGUACUACCGCGUACCUGCCGACUUUGUGGAGGCGGAGCAGAAGAAGCACGGGAGCCAGAAGCGUUUCCCUGCCAACACAGGCCAAAAUGGCAUGCUGUUCCUGUGGGGCCAGGCCCUCUUCAACAUCGCCAGGCUGCUGGUGGAUGAGCUGAUCAGCCCCCAAGACAUCGACCCAAUCAAACGCUACGUACCCCGCCAGGAUCAGAGGAACGUCAGCAUGAGAUACUCCAAUCAGGGUCCCAUUGAUAAUGACACGGUGGUCCAUGUAGCCCUGAUUGCUGAGAGCCAGAGACUGCAGGUGUUCCUGAACACCUAUGGCAUCCAGACUCAGACACCCCAACAGGUGGAGCCCAUUCAGAUCUGGGCCCAGAAGGAGCUGGUUAAUGCGUACCGCUUCCUGGCCGUCAAUAAGAAGCUGGGGCUGAGUGGGCGUCCAGAAAGGCCAGUGGGCUGCAUGGGGACUUGCAAGAUUUAUCGGAUCCUGGGGAAGACUGUGGUGUGCUACCCAAUCGUCUUUGAUCUCAGUGACUUCUACUUAUCCCAGGACGUCAUGCUGCUGAUUGAUGACAUCGAGAAUGCACUGCAGUUCAUCAAGCAUAGCUGGAAAAUGAAAGGUCGCCCACUCUUCCUGGUCCUCAUCAGAGAGGACAACAUCAAGGGGAGCCGUUUCAACCCAGUCCUGGACAUGUUGGCAUCGUUCAAGAAGGGGCGUGUCGGUGGGGUCAAAGUUCACGUGGACAGGCUUCAGACCCUGAUAUCAGGAGCUAUUGUGGAGCAGUUGGACUUCCUUCGUGUCAACGAAGCAGAAAUCCCAGAGUUUAAGAACUUUCAGGAGCUGGAGAUGCCCAAACACUCCAAGGUGAAGAGGCAGACGAGCACGCCCAAUGCCUCAAACCUGGAGCAGCAGCCUGAGAUCGACAUCGAGGAGUGGAAACACAAAUCCACCAACGAGAUCAUGCAGAAAUUCUAUGACUGUGACUGCCUGGCCAGUCAAGCACAGCUUGCCAGUAUUCUCAUGAAGAAAGAGGGUCCUGACUUCUUUGCCAAGGAUGAGACCCUAAUGGAAGACAUGGAGAGACUCUACAGAAGAGCUGGGACCAGGAAGCUUUGGCUGGCGGUGCGUUACGCUGCAGCCGUUAUCAUGAAGUUUGCCAGUUCUAUUGCCCCUCAUAUCACCACACUGGUGGUCCAUGGCAAGCAGGUAACGCUGGGACUGUUUGGGCAUGAGGAGGAGGUGAUCUCCAAUCCCCUCUCACCUGGGGUCAUCAAGGGCAUCCUCUACAGCAAGUGCUCCGGGGAGAGGGAGGCCGUGCUGCAGCAGGAGCUGGUCAUCCACAUCGGCUGGAUCAUCUCCAACACCCCCGAGCUGUUCAGCGGCAUGCUCAAGAUCCGCGUCGGGUGGAUCGUCCAGGCCAUGAAGCAUGAGUUGGCGAUCCGAGCAGGAGACAUGCCACCCCAGGACAUUUACCAGAUGUCCCCCAGCGAUGUUAAACAGCUGUUGCUGGACGUCCUUCAGCCACAACAGCACGGCAGGUCCUGGAUCAACAGGCGUCAGAUCGAUGGUUCCCUCAACAGGACUCCCCAUGGCUUCUACGACCGAGUGUGGCAGACUUUGGAGAGAACUUGUAAUGGCAUCGUAGUGGCAGGGAUCCAUCUCCCACAGCAACCUACUCUGUCUGACAUGACCAUGUAUGAGAUGAACUUUUCUCUGCUGGUGGAAGACACACUGAAGGACAUUGUGCUGCCUGAGUACAGGCAGAUAGUAGUAGAGCUGCUGAUGGUGGUGUCCAUAGUGUUGGAGAGAAACCCGGAGCUGGAGUUCUCGGAGAAGGUGGACCUGGAUGUUCUGGUGAAGGAGGCCUUCCAUGACUUCCAGAAGGACAGGAGUCGGGAGGGGAUGAAGAAACAGGAUGACAUGGAGGAGUUCUAUAAGACACCGCCGAUGGGCAGGAGAGGUACCUCCAGUUACCUGACCAAGGCUGUGAUGAUUCAGCUGCUUCAGGGAGACGUGAAGCCCUCCAAGGAUGACCCCUGCUCGGUCAGCUAAACUAAACCCAUUCAGCAGAGUGGAGGAAUCCACCGCUACUCUACUUUGUCGAACUACUAACAACACGCUAAAUUAGUCAGCAGCACUGACUGUUGUUCCACCAGCAAUACCCUCCUUGUUCUGUUAGCUUCAAGCUAUUUACACAGGAUGUAUCAGCUCUUAUCAACACCUUGUUCUGUUAGCUUCAAGCUAUUUACACAGGAUGUAUCAGCUCUUAUCAACACCUUGUUCUGUUAGCUUCAAGCUAUUUAUACAGGAUGUAUCAGAUCUUAUCAACACCGUUAUUACUGUUAAUAACAUUGAACUGUUACCCACCCGAAAUCCUUGCAUGUAGAAUUGUACGUAUAGCAUUAGCAUUGUGGGGCAGCCCACAUUGUUGAUUUGUAGUUAAUCAAUGGCAUGAUAUGCAAAACUAGAGUUGCAUCCCAGUGCACGCUUCUUCUUUUUUUGUCUGUCUUAGGAUGUCCGGGUCUUUUUGAAAGCCUGAUCGCUGUAUUUUUGUGAAUGUGGUCAUGAGUUCCUUCACUCUAUUAAAAUGAUAUAUUAAGUUGUUUUAUGUCGAUGUGUUUACAAGUGGUUUGAGUGUGCCUAUCCAGUUUAGUGAAUCUGAAUUGAACUUUUUCAAUGUGUGUGUGUGUGUGAUGUUGGCUGAUGUGUUCCGUCACUCUGUCAAGGUGAUUUUGUAAGCUCCAUACUAGUUUUAAAAAAAUAAACUUGAGGAACUUGUGACA